AUGGAUAAUCAAGAUCAACAAAACGGAGGCGGCGGCGGCGCAACAAAAAAGGGUCAGAUGGACGGCCGCCGCCGCAAGAAUGAGGGAGUAACAACUUCCGAUGAGUCGACGGCGGAAAGUAGUAUUGUCGAUGAUGGUGCAACUACUACCGGAUAUCUUAACAGUGAAGGAGUGAUAACUGAAGACGGAACGGUGGAUUUGUUGAAGAAUUUGAUCGGGUGGCCGGAGUGCGGCGAUAUUGGCGGUGAAGGGAGUAAACGUCUAUAUUUUAACAGUCACGGAAUACCAACUGCAGACGGAACGGUGGAUUUGUUGAAAUGUUUCGCGGGCUCGCCGUCGGGGAUCACCAUAAGAAAAUUCCGUCAAGGAAAUCACGGCGGCCGAACGGUUGGUUUGACGCGAUCUGUGAGGCCGCCGACGGAGGCCGCCGGAGUUAACGGUGGAAGAAAUGACGGCGGAACGGUUGGUUUGGUAAAACCUCUGAUGGAGCCGCCGCCGGAGGCCACCGGGGUUAACGGUAAAAGAAAUGACGGCGGAACGGCUGGUUUGGUAAAACCUCUGACGGGUCCGCCGCCGGAGACCGCCGGAAGUAGUAUUGGUGCAAGAAAUGUCGACGGCAGAAAAGUAGCUUCGGUACAACCUUUGGUGGGGCCGCCGCCGGAGACCGCCGGAAAUCACGACGGCGGAACGGUUGGUUUGACACAAUCUGUGAGGGCGCAGACGGAGGCCGCUGGAGUUAACGGCGGAACGGGUUUGAUAAAACCUCUGAUGGGGCCGCCGCCGGAGACCGCCGGAAAUAGCAGCGGUGCAAGAAAUGUCGACGGCAGAAAAGUAGGUUUGGUAAAACCCUUGACGGGGCCGCCGGCAGAGACCGCCGGGAGUAACGGUGCAAGAAAUGGAGACGGAACAGCAGGUCUGAGCAAACCCUCGACGCCGCCGCCGCCGCCGAAGACCGCCGGAAGAAACGGGACAGUAGAUUUGAUAAAAUCUUCAAUGGGGCCGCCGCCGGAGACGGCCGGAACUGACAGCAAAAGAAAUAAAUACGGGACUUUAGAUUUGUUAAAAUCUUUGAUGGGGCCGCCGGAGACUGCCGGAGGUAGCAGCCGUGAAAGAAAUAACGACGGCAGAAAAGUAGCUCCCGUAAAACCCUUGACGGCGCCGCCGCCAGAGACCGCCGGAAGUAAUGGUGCAAGAAAUGGAGACGGAACAGCAGGUCUGAGAAAACCCUUGACUGGGCCGCCGGAGACGGCCGAAAGAUCGAAAUCGGUUCUUGCUCUGCCGGCGGCAGAGCACAAAUCGGCGUCCGCUAGUUGGAAUCGGAAAGAACACCAACCGCAUAGAGCAAAUCCAGAGAACUCAUCAAGCAAGAAAAGAAAACAAGUUAUAAAAAAUACAUUUCAUGAAAAGAAGAGUAAAGCCGCCGCCGGAUCGCCGCCACGCAAUAUUAGAUACGGAUGCAGCUAUUGUAAUAUGGCUUGGUUUUCCUCUGCAGAAUUAGUUGCCGAACACAUAACAUACUGCCCCAUGAGAAAAAAAUCUUAA